AUGGGUAUUCAAAUUGCUUCUAAAGCACCAAGAGUGUCACAUUUGCUCUAUGCGGAUGAUAUACUAAUUUUUUCUGAAGCCAACUUGAAGAAGAUCAAGAAAAUCAAAAAGACUUUGAACAACUAUUGCAAAUGGACCGGACAAAGGGUUAAUUUCAAGAAAUCUAUGAUGGUGUUUGGCAAAACAGUGAAUCAAAGGAGAAAGAAAGAAAUUGAAAAUGCCUUAAAAUUCAGUUCUGCUAUAGAAAUGAAUUAUCUUGCUAUUAAGCUUACGUUAAGGAGGAUGGUAAGCUCUGAUUAUAAUAAACUGAUGGAAGUUGCUUUAAAUAAGCUGAAUAUAAGGGGAAAGAAUUUUAUCUCAUUGGAAGGUAAAAUGGUCUUAUUGAAAUCAGCUUUCUUAUCUCUUCCAAUUUUCCUAUCAACUCUUUCCUUGGUGCCUUUGGGGAUCUUAAAGGAGUUUGACAAGAUGUGUAGAGAUUUCUUAUGGAAUAAGAAGAAUGGGAAUUUGGGUUUGCAUUCUGCCUCUUGGAAGGAGCUUUGUAAACCAAAACAAAAAGGAGGAAGAGGUCUCUUUUCAGCGGUUGAAAAAGUGGGUCAUCUUAGAGCCAAGUUUGCUUGGAAAUUCUAUAUGAAACCGGAAUCAUUACUCAUUUGCAUCCUUAAAGCAAAAUAUGGAGAUGAUUUAUGGAAGAAUAUGGAAACAAAAGGAAGUUCUUCUACUUGGAGAAUAAUUUGUAAUGGAGCUAAAUUUUUUAUUAACAUUGUAAGAUGGAAAAUCUGCAAUGGGAUUUCUAUUAACUGGUUGAAGGAUGCUUGGAUAUUGGAUAGGAAUAUAUCCAAAUGUCCUACUUUUGUUAGUAACAUGGAGAUUAACAACUACAAACUGGAAUUCUUUUUGAAGGAUGGAGAAUGGAACCUGGAACACCUUCAAAUGUUCUUUGGAAAAGAAUUAAUUGAUCUCAUAUUAAAAAUUCCAAUCUUUAUAAAUCAAGGAGCGGAUCAAAUUGACUUGAAGAAGAAAGCUUCUGGUUGUUCAGUAGCAGCUAUCUCUCAGGCUUAUUUUUAUAAAGAAGAUGCAAACUGUGAAUUGUGGAAGAGGUUAAAGAAUGUUAAGCUUAGACCAAAUGUUGUGUUGUUUUGGUGGAGAAUGUACAAGAAUGCCAUCCCAAGCUUCACUUUCUUAUUUUACAGAAAGAUUACUUCCUUCACGGGUUGUCCAAGAGGAUGUAAAAAAGAUGAAGAUAAUAAUCACAUUGCUGGAGAAUGUGAUAAACUGAAGAAGGUUAUCUUUUGGCUCAACAAAUGGGGAAUUAAAGUUCCACAAUUUGUUUGCUUUCAUGAUUGUUUAAAAGAAUUGGAGAGAAUGUCUUAUAAGAAUCCAUUGGUGGUUAACAUCUAUUGUAAUGAAGUCUUUCUUGUAUGA